AUGAAGACCGUAAUCGACGUGAAUCAUUUGAAUCGGCGAGCAUGGGUGUACAGUAUUAUGAAGGACGUGGACAAGAAGAGCAUUCUGGCAGUGCAGACGCUGCGCAACCACAUCAUGGCGUCCACGCUGCUCGCCACCACGGCCAUCAUCCUCUCCUCGGGCAUCGCCGCCUUCAUCACCUCUGCGGCCACGGCGGACGUCAAGGCGUCCGUGUUUGCUGUCACUCUGGGGUCCAGAGCGCCUGCUGUUGUGGCGGUCAAGUUCAUCUCCAUCUUCCUCUGCUUCCUCUUCGCUUUCGUCUGCCAUGUCCAGUCUAUUCGCUACACCAACCACGUCAACUUCCUCAUCAACAUACCCUUAGGGCCGCAAGCCCAGGGCCUGUCCCCAGACUACGUGGCAGCAGUGCUGGCACGUGGCAGCAACUUCUACACCAUCGGCACACGCGCCUUCUACUGCGCGUUCCCGCUCCUGCUCUGGCUGUUCGGCCCCAUCCCCAUGCUGCUCUCCUCCCUGCUGCUCGUUGUCAUGCUCUACCAUUUCGACACUGCCAAAGGGUUCAUGAUCUCGCUGGAUCCUCCAGAGGGGAUUGGGGUGGACGAGGGGAGCGUGGGGGGGAGCAGACCGGGGAGCAGAGUGGGGGAGAGUAGGAGGUCGGAGGAAGGAGGUAGAGGGACUGUGGUGGAUAUGGAGAGGGGGUUAGAAGAGUCUGAGGCAGGGGGGGUGGGGCAAGGGGCGGGGUUGGUGGGAGGGAGCGAGGGGUUGACAGGGAUGGUGGUGACAGGGACAGGCAGUGUGCGCAGCAGUAGAGUGGCAGAUGGCAGAUUAGGAGAUGAUGGGGAGGGAGGUGGGGUAGCGAUGGCGCAGGGAAAUGGGGAGGCAGGCGUGAGAAACCGGAGAGAGGAGAGUGGUGGUGGAGUGGAUGUGCGGCUUGUAUUCUAA